AAACAUUGUCGCCACGGUCAACCUUGACUGUCGCCUGGACCUGAAGACCAUCGCGCUUCACGCAAGAAAUGCAGAGUACAACCCAAAGGUAUUAUCUUCCACAUUCUCCUGAGCUUGGCACGUCAGGGGACAUUGUGGCUGAACUGGUCUUUUUUUCUCUUCCCAUAGCGUUUCGCGGCCGUGAUCAUGCGUAUCCGAGAGCCGAAGACGACUGCUUUGAUCUUCGCCUCCGGCAAGAUGGUGGUUACUGGUGCCAAGUCGGAAGAUGAUUCCAAGCUGGCCUCCAGAAAGUACGCCCGUAUCAUUCAGAAGCUCGGCUUCAACGCCAAGUUCACGGACUUCAAGAUCCAGAAUAUCGUCGGUUCCUGCGACAUCAAGUUCCCGAUCCGCCUGGAGGGCUUGGCUAGUCGCCACCACAACUUCAGUUCUUACGAACCCGAAUUGUUCCCCGGUCUCAUCUAUCGCAUGAUGAAGCCCAAGAUUGUGCUCCUGAUCUUCGUCAGUGGCAAGAUCGUUCUCACUGGUGCGAAGGUCCGUGAGGAGAUCUAUCAGGCUUUCGAGCUGAUCUAUCCUGUGCUUUCGGGUAUGCACUACUACAUUUUUCUUUCGUCUUCGACGACGAGGUGAUACAUUCACUAACAUACGUAAAAAGAUUUCCGUAAAGUUUAAAUCGGCCUUGUGGCUCGAACCAGGAAGGUCACGCCGUCGCCUUCUUACACCUUUCAUCGACAUGUAUUAACAAAACCUUUCUCCGUCGACUCGCUGUGGGCGCUUCGGACACAUCGCCCGUC